CGGACGCGGCGCCGGCCGUGCGCGUCGUGUCCGGCGUUGCCAGCAAGCCGAUCCGCGUCGACAACUGGGGCAACUUCUUGGCGCAGCGGAUCGAGGCGCUGUACGACAAGCAGGAGCACUGUGACCUCACGCUGCGCUUCCCGCACACGGACCUGAAGGCGCACAGCCUCGUCCUGCAUGCAUGCACGCCGUUCUUCACGAACCUGCUGAAGGGCAAGACGAGCGGCCACAAGAUAUUGAAGAUGCCGCCACAGAUCAGCUCCACGGCCAUGGGCAUCAUCCUCAAGUUUGUGUACACAGGCCGGCUGGAGGCGCCGUUCAGCGUCGACAUGCUUUACAACACGGCCAAGCUGCUGAAGCUGCAGAUCCUGAUCCGCCUGCUGGAGGCGCAGAUGAGCAGCGCCGAGGCGACAGCCGGCGCCGACUGGGCGCGCCCGCGCGAGGUCGGCUCGCCUGGCCGCGCCGCCGUCGGCCGCCCCGCCAGGCCACAGCAACAGAGGAACUCCGUGUAUCAGCCCACCAAUUCGCAGCUGGCUGCCAAACGCAGCAUCGUGCGCGCCGCCGAGCCGCCGGAGGAGGCGCGCCCGUCGCGGUUCGAGUUCCCCGACACGGACGAGCUGGAGCUGCACUCGCGGCUACCGGUGCUCGACUCGAGCAGCCACCACACGCCGCGGCCGAUCCUAAAGCAGGAGCCGACGCCGGGCGGUGCCGGCGGCGCCAGCGCCAAGAAGCGGGUGCAGUUCUCCGAGAGUCCGCAGCUGACCCUGACCGUGCAGGACAUGGGCGACACGUCCGAGCUGGUCAGCCAGCUGCUGAAACAGCACCCAGAAGUGCUGCGCGGCGGACAGAACAUCAAGGUGCGUCUGGUGACCCAGGUGGGUUCGGGCUCGCCCGGCCGCAGCGAGUACGUGAUGGUGAAGCAGCAGCCGUCGCCGGCCGACACGCUGGAGUCGCCGCUCACCUGCUCGCUCUGCGCGCGCGCCGGCAAGCAGGUGGACUUCUGGUGGGCGGACCAGAUGGCCAAGCACUUCCAGGACGAGCACAGAGACGCGGCCGCCAUCGACCUCAACACGCUGUCGUGCACGGCGUGCGUGCAGGCUGGCGACCCGAUCGAGUUCGCCGCCGUCGACGACUACUUCACGCACCUGCGCGACGUGCACGACACGCGCGGCGUGAGCGGGCUCGGCGCGUGCCAGCUGUGCGGCUUCUCGGCGCCCAAGAAGCUGCAGCUGAUGUACCACCAGUACAUCAAGCACGGCAUUCAGCCGCCGCGCUUCAUCACCUUCCCCAAGUGCGACCGGUGCGACUUCGAGGCCAUCAGCGACUCGGAGCUGGCGCAGCACCGGCAGCGGCGUCACAAGGUCACCAAGGAGUACAAGUGCAAGGACUGCGGUGUGCUCUUCAACAACCUCAGCCUGCUGGAGGGCCACAUGCGCGGCAAUGCGUGCCGUCAAGCGCCCGACCCCAAGCGCAAGCUCGAGUGGAAGUGCGAGUUCUGCGGCAUGUCGUUCUCGCGCAGCUAUAACCUCAAGGGCCACAUGCGCUCCGUCCACAAGCUGUCGUCGGAGUUGCGGCGCGCCACACCGGCGCCGCCGCCGCCGCCGUCGCCGGCGUCCGUGAAGCAGGAGGCGGCGGCCGCCAGCGACCCGCCGCCGGGCGCCGCCGCGCCGCUCGACCCCAGCUCCGAAGCCGAGUCCAUGUCGGCCGUGGCCAACAGCGUAGCCGCCUCGCUCAGCCUGACGGUGGACGGCGAGUACAUGCAGCUGCCGGACGGCAUUGUGCCCGUCGAGGACGAGAACGGCAUGAUCUCGUACAUCGCGCUGCGGCCGGCGGCCGACGGCGGCCCGGCCGUCUCCGGCGGCGCCGUGGUGGAGGUGACGCAGUACACGGUGCCGGUGGUGGUGAGCAGCGGCGGCGGGCCGCACGGCCAGGACACGGUCACCAUCCAGUACGGCCAGCGGGUGAGCGUGGCCGACCUGCAGCACGGCCAGAUCACCAUAUCGGACAUGGCGCACGGUCACGUGAUCGUGUCGGGCAUGCACGACGGCCGCCAGGUGAGCAUGGCGGGCCUGCAGCCCGGCCAGGAGGUGAUCGUCACCGAGAUGCCGCAGGACCAGGUCACCAUGUACGAGGUGCACCAAGGCCAGGAGGUCAUCGUGUCGGACAUGCCGCAUGGCCAGGAAGUGCGGCUGGCGGGCGUGGACGUCAGCGAGCACGGCAUGCAGCAGUGUCAGGAGGUCAAUGCGCCUGAGAUGCAGCACAGCGAGGAGGUGAUCACGUCCGACCUGCAGCAGGCCAGCGAGGCGGACAUGCAGCACGACCAGGAGGUCGGCUCGUCGUCGGCGCACUACGGCCAAGAGGUGAGCGUGGCGACGCACGAGGCGGCCUCGUCCGGAGUGGAGCUGGACGCAGACGCGAUGGACGCCUAG